CGAAAUUAUAGACCAAUAGACAGCGCGCUCCAAUUGCCGUCACAACUUCACAGUGAUGGAAGCGGCGACGUUGGUGGUGACCCCGUUAGUAAAGAACGUGGACAAGAUCCCUGGAAUCCAUCCGAAUGUUGACGAAGGCCAGACCGAUGACGACUGGGAAAUGCCGCUGCUCUUCAUGACCCACAUGCCAGUGAAUUUCAUACAGAACAUUGACGUGGCCGCGAUGUCAACGUUUUCCGCAGAGUACAACGACGAUGGGUCUCAAGACGAGUGUGAGCCAAGGACGUCGCCCCCAAAGGCAGGCAAGAUCCAAGAGAAAGGGAAUCAUCGAGCGCAGUCCCGCAAACAGUCGAACCCGUACGCUAAGCCACGAGUCCGAGGAAGUGUGUCAGACCUUCAAACGAGCUUCUCUGCCUUGUAGAACAGCCAUCAUAUUUAUGGAAUACAGGCCUGCUUAUAUCCCCA